GCAAGAUUUGGGUGACUAAUCCCGUUUUUUGCCUCCAAACUAUGAAUACCCGUCCAUCCGUGUCUAUCUUGUAUACCCCAGCUUCAAAUCCUUCAUUGUUGUUGUUCUCUCUCUGCCUCUGCAGUCUGCACCGUUAGUAGAUCGUCUUCUUGUCUUCUUGUCUCGGCUCUGUUCUCCAUAGACCAAAGAUGGCUUCUGCCGCUAGAACUUUCACCAGGGCUUUCGCUCGUGCAACCCCUGCCACCUGUACUUCUUCCUCUAUCCGAACUUCCGCUCGCAAUACGGCCCGCUUUGCCCUUCCCGCUCAGACAUUCCGAGGUGGAUCCCGCAGAGGGUAUGCCUCUGGACCUGAAGCAGGAAAGUCUUCGAGAAACUUAUAUAUCGGAUUGGGCGCUGUCUUAUUUGGAGGUGCUGGCGCUUUCUACUACUUCAAUAGCGAUGGGCUCAACGCCGCUGCUGCCAAGCCAACUGGUCCUUUUACUCCGACCAAGGAUGAUUACCAGAAGGUAUACGAUGAAAUCGCGAGACUUUUGGUAGAAAAGGAUGACUAUGAUGACGGCAGCUACGGACCUGUUCUUGUCCGACUGGCAUGGCACGCGAGCGGUACCUACGACAAGGAAACCGGCACUGGAGGAAGCAAUGGCGCCACCAUGCGCUUCUCUCCUGAGAGCGACCACGGGGCGAACGCUGGCUUGAAGGCUGCUCGGGAUUUCCUUGAGCCGGUGAAGGCUAAAUUCCCUUGGAUCACGUACUCCGAUCUUUGGACUCUUGCUGGCGCUUGUGCCAUUCAGGAACUGCAGGGACCAGUGAUUCCAUGGCGCCCCGGCCGCCAAGACAAAGAUGUAUCUGCCUGCACACCUGAUGGACGUCUUCCCGAUGCUUCCAAGGACCAGAAACAUAUCAGAGCAAUCUUUGGACGCAUGGGCUUCGACGACCGCGAGAUGGUCGCUCUGAGCGGUGCUCACUCCCUUGGCCGUGCCCAUACUGACCGGUCUGGUUAUGAUGGUCCAUGGGACUUCAGCCCCACUGUCUUCACCAACGAAUUCUUCAGAUUGUUGGUUGACGAGAAAUGGAACUGGAGAAAGUGGGACGGCCCUGCCCAAUUCACCGACAAGACCACCAAGACUCUGAUGAUGUUGCCAACCGACAUGGCCCUUGUGAAGGACAAGGAGUUCAGGAAGCACGUCGAGCGAUAUGCCAAGGACAGCGAUGUAUUCUUCAAGGAGUUCUCGGAUGCGUUCGUCAAGCUCCUUGAACUUGGUGUCCCUUUCACCUCUUCGGCUGAAGAUCGCAUCCGAUUCAAGGUUUCGAGCGACUAAAUCAGCGAGUUUAUGCCUUACGCACGUGCGAAGCAGAAAAUCUUUUGGCUUGCAAUCGAUUGAGUCCCGAAUUAUUCCUUCAUUAAAACUAAUUAUUUUCUUUGUGGCCUGCCGCUGUCAUGUCUUUCUAUGGUUUCUUUCAAUCAUUAUUUUCCUUAUUAUAGCUGUUUUACACCGAAUGCUGUACAAUUCAAGAUUUAGAUUACACAGAUCUCUCUACUCCUGUUCGACUCAGUAACGAGCAUACCUCGUUGCACGUUUGUACAAUAUCUCUCUUAUGUUCUAGCGUCGUUUUUGAAGCAGGAUAGAUACUACCAGGGAGAGGGACCGGACGAGCGAACUAGGAAAUGCGCGGGGUUGGAUAGAAGAUAGCUUAGUUUCUUUACAGUCUUAUAUUCAGCAAAAUCAAAAGUGAAAAAGUAGAUGUUCAACAUUCAACUAUCUUCCAAGUACUAUUCGUGUUUUGUAUUCGCC